AAAGGAACAAACCUACCUGGUCCUUCCCUCUCCGGGUGCCUGUGUGAAACUCUCAGCCUAGACUCUGUUGCUGCCAAUGCUUAGUGCAAAAGUCAGCCGGCGACCACUUUGAGGUCUCGCCCUGAAAAAGGAAUAUCAGACCCUUCCAGAUAGAUCCCGCGCGGCGCAUCUGCAUUCCUGCCUCUGUUCUGUUUCCUGUUACAGGGGAUCAGGAUCUGUUUGGUGGGUGUAUUUCUGAAGCCCUAGAGCCAGGUGGCUCAGGCACUUCAUUGAUCCAGGACAUGAGUAGAGAGAAGGAAGAGGACUCUUUCAGUAUACUCAGGAUUUAUGAUGAACCAGAGGAGAGAAGGAGUAUGCCAGAAAGCUCUGGUAUUUCUUCUCAGCAUGAACAAGUGCAGUACCAACCGGACAGUCCUUAUGAAAUGCUCCAGAUCCCUCCAUGUCCCCCCAUGCAGCAUGGCCCUGUUUAUCAGGAGAUGAGCAGUAUGACCCAGCAGCAGUGGGACCUGCAGACCCUAGACACAUCUGAGCUCCGGGCCAUGUGGUUCUCAGGGACAGAACCAGGAGAGGCAGCAGAGGCUGGCCCCAGCUUCCUACCAGGAUCUGCGCUUGGCCAGCCCUCUUCUUCACCUUCCCCCAGUGGAGAAGCCUGGUCCCUCCUCAGAGCGGUUCCUCCCAUUCCAGGUGAAGUGGUGGUCAGGCAGAGGCCCCCACGGGAUUCCUGGAAGGUUGGCAUGCUCCGCCACGGGAAGAGAGUCUACGCGGUGGCCGUCGGUGGUGCAACCCGCCACGUGUACACGUGUGGCUCCGGCUACAUCAGGGUGUGGGACGAGAGUGCCCUGCACGCCUGGGACAAGGCCCCUGAGGCCCAGCUGGACCUGCAGAACCCUCAGAACUGUGUGCUCACCUGCAAGCUGUUCCCCGAUGAGCAGAGCCUGAUCACGGGAGGCGUGUCCCAGACCCUGACUCUCUGGGACCUGGCGCCCACACCCCGCGUCAGGGCACAGCUGGCCUCCACGGGCCCCAUGUGCUAUUCUCUGGCCAUCUCCUCUGAUGCUCGUAUCUGCCUGGCUUGUUUCAGAGGAUUUGUGGAGAUCUGGGAUUUACAGAACCAAAUCCUGAUCAGGAAACACGAAGUCCCUAUAUAUGGGUCCCGCUGUGUUGACAUCGCAGGCAAUAAAUUCUGGACGGGAGGUGAAGACACCAGCUUGUAUUCCUGGGACCUGCGGAGCUACCAGAGGCUUCAGCAAUUCAAUUUACAGAAUGAGAUCCUCAGCAUUACCCACGAUCCUAGUGAGGAAUGGAUGCUAGUGGGCUUGAGAACGAGUGAUAUCAUAAUCCUACACACUCAUCGGAAGGAGAAGUUCAAGGCUGUCCUACAAAAAUACACGCACCACCACAGCCUCAAGUUCUCCUCCUGCGGCAGCUAUUUUGUGACCACACUGGACGAGUCCAUCCAUUGUUUAGCGGCACCUUCUCUACAAAGGCUGUUUCAGGUAAAGGAGUCCUCAGAUAUCUUGUGUUGUGACAUUUCUUCUGACAACCGGUAUCUGGUCACGGGCUCCAAGAACAGUGCCACGGUUUACCAGCUCAUGUACUGAAGAUCAUGCACCGUGGCCCUCCCAGUGAAGACCCCGAGAAGGCCAGUGUGACUUAGCAUGCUGGGCAAAUUCAACAGCUGUCGCCCUCUUGCCUCAGCCCCCAUGGCCCAUCUUCUGCCCUCUCCUACACCUCCAGCCUGCACUUCGGGUUUUAAAUUAUAUGGCUUGAGGCUUUUCCUAUUUUAUUUUUCUGCCUCUGAUUUCUGGGUUUUGGCAGGAAAUGUUAUGAGAUAUGGCCUUUAAUUAAUAAAAGAGCAAAGCAUAAUCCAAAA